AUGUCGUACCUGCCUCGAGUCCACAUUGAAGAAGUCAGCGAGGCCGUGGUCGUGCACCAGGACGCGCCCGUCGUGAAGAAGGAGAUCAUCGUGCAACACCCCGAGGUCGUGCGCCGCGAGCACCACGUGCAGCCCAUCAUCCACGAGACCGAGCGGCGCGUCGAGCCGGUCUACCGAACCGUCGUCACUACCGAGCACCCGGUCACCCACCGCGAGGUGGUGGUCGACGAGCCCGGCCUACUGGACCAUCAUCAUCAUCACGAGCGCACCACGACUGGGUCGGACCUGGUGCCGCGCGCCGCGAAGGAAACGCUCAUCGUCGAAGACCCGCCUGUGGUGGAGAGGAAAGUGGUGCACGAGCACCCGGAGAUCAUCCACCACGAACACCACAUUCAGCCAAUCAUCCGCGAGACAGAGCGGCACAUCGAGCCGAUACACAAGACCGAGAUCACGACCGAACACCCCGUCACCUACCAGGAAGUGGUGGUGAAGGACCCGGCGUUGGUGGCGCGGCCGGUGGUGGUGGCCUCGCGCGAGGCGGGAGGCGCGACCAGGACCUACCACCAUCACUCGUCGCACGCCACGCUGGGCCAAAAGCUGAAGGGCACGAUGACGCAGCUGAUGGGCUCCAUCACGGGCAACGAGGCCAAGAAGGAGAAGGGUCGGCUGCUCAAGCAAGGCGUGGACCCUACGACGAGGGUCACCCCCACCACCCCAGUUACGACGACGACGACGACCAUGACCACGACCCACGCGGACGUCUAUCCAACCACCGCCCAACACAUCUAG